GCGGGUCCCGCUGCGGGGCAGCGCGGGCCGGGCGGAGGGAGCUCCGGGAGGUCGGCUUUUGGUUCUGGCUUUUCGCCUUGCUGCGCUGGCGGCGUGGGGAGAGUAAGUUGCCGAGCGGUUGGUAGUGCGGGGGGCACAAGGUUCAAGUGGAACAUCCAGGCAGCUCUUCUCUUGGUGUGUUUUUGAGGGUUGUUUUGAGGGGGUUGUUGGUUUUGGUUGUUUGGGGGUUUUGUUCGUUUAGGUUUGGGGUUUUGUUCUGUUUUGAUUUGGAUUUUUUAGUUUGGUUGCAUUGCUUUGUGUUUUGGCUUUUUUUGUUGUUGUUUUUGUUUGUUGGUUUUGUUUUGUUUUGUUUUCAAUAGGGUACAGAGGAAAACCUUAGUGCACAAUGCUGAAAUUGGUGAUCUGGUCGCUGAGGCAGUGUAAGAACAAAGUGAACAGCUGCACCUUUGCAAACGCAACCACCUGCAUUCCUCCUCUCCUCUGGAAUGGACAAUGGGAUGGUCUCUGACUUUAUCAUGAUCAAAAACUUCUUCCUCUUCUGCAUUUCCAUGAGUCUAGCCAGCCACUUUGGCUUCUCGCAAACACCAACAGCAUCGGGAAAGGAGGACACCAAUGAUAACAUCACAAUAUUCACCAGGAUCUUGGAUGGUCUGCUGGAUGGCUACGACAACCGACUGCGCCCCGGACUGGGAGAGAGAAUUACUCAGGUGAAAACAGACAUCUAUGUUACAAGUUUUGGUCCCGUGUCAGACACAGAAAUGGAAUACACCAUUGAUGUUUUUUUCCGACAAAGCUGGAAAGAUGAAAGGCUGCGAUUCAAAGGACCUAUGCAACGCCUUCCUCUUAACAACCUUCUUGCCAGCAAGAUUUGGACCCCGGACACCUUUUUUCACAAUGGCAAGAAGUCUAUUGCUCACAACAUGACAACCCCAAACAAACUUCUGCGCCUGGAGGAUGAUGGCACUCUGCUGUACACCAUGAGACUGACUAUCUCUGCUGAAUGUCCCAUGCAGCUUGAAGAUUUCCCCAUGGAUGCUCAUGCUUGCCCAUUAAAAUUUGGAAGCUACGCUUACCCCAAUUCUGAAGUGAUCUAUGUGUGGACUAAUAGCACCACAACAUCUGUGGUGGUGGCUGAAGAUGGCUCACGACUUAACCAGUAUCAUCUGAUGGGACAAACUGUAGGAACUGAAAACAUCAGUACCAGUACAGGUGAAUACACUAUUAUGACAGCCCAUUUUCAUCUGAAAAGAAAAAUUGGUUAUUUUGUCAUCCAAACAUACCUUCCUUGCAUUAUGACUGUGAUCUUAUCACAAGUAUCAUUUUGGCUAAACAGAGAAUCUGUUCCUGCUAGGACUGUCUUUGGAGUAACAACAGUCCUCACCAUGACCACCUUAAGUAUCAGUGCCCGUAACUCUUUGCCAAAAGUGGCCUACGCUACUGCAAUGGACUGGUUCAUAGCUGUCUGCUAUGCCUUUGUAUUUUCUGCAUUGAUUGAAUUUGCAACAGUCAACUAUUUCACCAAGAGGAGCUGGGCAUGGGAUGGCAAAAAAGCCCUGGAAGCUGCUAAAAUCAAGAAAAAAGAGCGUGCAUUGCUGGCAAAUAAAUCUACUAAUACUUACAGCACUGGGAAGCUGACCCCUGCACCAAACAUGCCAAAGGACUCGGCCCCAUCUGUCAUCUCAAACACUGCACCUGCUCCAGCAAAGUCUGCAGAAGAAAAGCCCGCUGAAAGCAAAAAGACUUACAACAGCAUCAGUAAGAUUGACAAAAUGUCCCGGAUAAUUUUUCCAGUGUUGUUUGGAACUUUUAACUUAGUUUACUGGGCCACAUAUUUGAAUAGGGAGCCUGUUAUUAAAGGUGCCAAUUCUGCAAAAUAAACUGAAGGACUCUAAAGCCACGUGUGAGCCAUACUUACAAAGUAGAUGCUACCAAGGAAAAUUUGAGAUCCAGAUGACUUUCUACAUUUGGGCAAUAUUCUUCAGGAAGUUUUUUGCAUGUUUAAUAAUAUGUACAAAUAAUAUUGCCUUGAUUGUUUCUACAUGUAACCUCAGAUGUUUUGGAGAUGAUGAUAUUACUUACAGCAACAGAUAAUUUAUAAAAGUUCAGAAGACAUUGAACAUGGCUUCUUUGCUGCUUAAUAUCUUGCAUUGAUAGUUUACAAAUAAAGUAAGUUAUAUUUUUUAACUGUUCAAGUGUACUACAUAUCGUGAUUUUUAUACUUCAGAUGUACAGUCAUAGAAAUAUAGGCUUAACCUAUAUUUUACAGAAGAGCUCCACUAUUGUCAUCUGAUAAGUUACUGAGUAACGCCAGUUGUAAAUGUGUCAAAGUAUUAAGUGUAGGGCUAUGUUUGAGCACCUUUACUGGUUAUAGGUAUUGCUUUACUCCACAGAUAAAGCUGCUCAGCCCAAUAUUCAUUGGAACUUAAUACAAUGCAGUAAAUCCUAAUGGGGCUAUGCUGAUUUUUACUGCUUGAGCCUCUGUCAGUGAAGUACGA